GACUCCUUAUAAUGAUCUCAAAGACCGCCGUUGUUCUGGCCCUUGUGGCUGUCGCUGUAGCUGCUCCCUCACAGCCCACGUAUGGCUAUACCCCAGAACCAACAUACGAGGAACCUGCCAAAUACAACGUCAACUAUGCUGUAAAGGAAGAUUACUCCGGCAACGACUUCGGUCACCAGGAAGCUCGUGACGGUUACAAUACCCAAGGUUACUACUUUGUCCUCCUUCCCGACGGUCGUCUCCAGAAGGUGACCUACACUGUUAACGGCGACUCUGGCUACGUGGCUGAGGUCAGCUACGAGGGUGAGGCCCAGUAUCCUGAAUACAAGCCUGCUCCUGCCUACAAGCCUGCCCCCGUUUACGAACCUGCUCCUGCUUACAAGCCAACCCCAUCCUACGCCUAAUGUAUUUUAUGUCAGCAAUUAUUUAUUUUCAUCAAUAAAUGUGAUACAGUUACA